AUGUACGAGGAGGAAAUAUCAGAGAUAGAUGGCGAGUCGAGAAACUUAAAGAAAAAGUUAUUAGGUCUAACGGGGAGAACCAAGCAACAAGAGGAGAAGUUGUUGAUGUUAUUGGAAGAUUUGCGGGUUAAAGAUGGCUUGAUUCUGACAAUUAACCAAAAGAUUAGUGCCUUAAAGAUUGAAAUUAUCAAAUACCAAAAUACGAUCCAAAGUGAGCAAGAAAAAUAUAACAUCCUGAGAAAAGGUAGCGAGACAAUUGAAAACAUGUUCAAUAAAUUCUUGAAUGAGAAAACUGAAAUCAGCAGAAAGACAAAAGAACUUGAAUCGAAAAUCCACGAAAAAGCUAACCAAAGCAAAACAUUGAGGACAAAUUAUGACGAAACGGUCUUCAAAAUCCUUCAAUCAAAGGCCAAAAAAGUGUCAGUUAUGGAAAAGUUGAAAGUCGAUGAAAAUGAAAAUGACUCUUUAAAUAGAACGAUUAAAGAAAACAUUUACAUGUUGAAAAAAGUUUCUAAUUUCUAUAUUCCAAAACUCAUGGAAUUUGAAUCUACUUUUAAAAAUCAUUGGGUUCCCCUCCUUAAUAGCUUAAAGCCUGAGGCUGCGAAACUUGAGGAAACAAUUAAUGAUGACUUAUCCAAAUAUGAGAACCUCAAGAUUCUCAAUUGUACCGAUGUUGCUGUCAACUCUUCCAUGAGAAUCAAAGCAGUAUUGGAUAAACUUAUUAAAUAUGAAUCGAAAACUUUGGAAGAGAUUAAUAGUCGUCGAAGCUCAUAUCAUUAUAUUCUCAAUGACAUAAAAACUAGUUAUAAUACGUUAGCGCAAAACUUUUACGUGUUGGUCGGUCAAUGGUUAUCAAAUAACUCACCACAUUCUACAACAUCCAGAGCAUCCAGUGGGAUAGUAGCAUUGCAGUCGAUUACUCCAAUAAAUUCUCCUGGUGGUCUCAGCUUCCCACCAGCUCUGGGAAAACUCAGUAACUGUAACCCAUCGAUUCCAGCGAUGGAAGGCUCGGAAUUGACAAAUAUUCUCAAAACUAAUCUUUUCAGUGAUUUGAACCUCAGGCAUUUGGGGAGCAUUUUUAAUGAUAGUAGUUUUAACCCGACCAUUGAUCAAUCACAUACCUCUUCCUCGUCAUCUAACACAACGGCGUUGCUUUCUUGGGAUGACGAUAUGCAAUUCCAUCAAAUCCUACCGGGUUCAGCAGAUACCAAUGGUGAAGAUGGUCACAACAAUGAAUUCGAUCAAAAUUAUAAUGACUUAAAUGAAGAAAAUUCUGUGCACACCAAUGAUACCAGCAUUUCUUCCGCCUCUGGCUCAGAGAACUUCUUUGGCGUCGCAAAUUUAGAAUCCUUUGAAUUUCCGGUUUCUUCCACCCAACCUACAUUUCCUGAUUACAUGGACGAUGAAGAUUUCGAAGAAAUAGAUGUUUCAGAGGAUGAAUCUGGGUUCCAGGCAUCAGCACCAUCGAGGUCCACGGGAACUGUUGGUCGGAUGAGUACAACCGGACCAUCUCAACAAGGUUUGCAAAGGAGCAAUUCGUCAAGAGAAGCAAAUAGCGCUCCGUCUAUUUACUCUAGUUCUUUCAGAAAUGGAAGCAGUGAAGAGAUCUUGAGGCCUAGGGUGGUGCGGAGGUACGAUCUGGAUUUAAGAAGGAACACUGUCAUGUAA